UUGAAGAGCUGCCAUUCUCCAUCAAGGAAGUACCAUUCCGAAUCCACAGGACUGUGCAAAGGAAACUGUCCUGCGUUUCGUGCUCAUGGCUUUAUUUACAGACUGAAAGACUAAUUCAUUAUUCAAAGAAGAGCGGACAGAGGACACCUGCACAGUACCAGCCCACACUACUGAGAAAAACCGAGCAGCUUGUGACAUCUGCACCUCAUCCUCUGGGCCUUUUGGGCUACUUAGCUGGGUCUGGUGUCUGUUUGUCAGCAGAGAGAUGCCCAAGGGAAAAGGAAAAGGUCCACAAGGGAAAAGGAUCUCCUUGAAAGCGGCCAAAAAUUCAAUGCGAGUACUUUUUAAUGGAAGGCGCCGACUUGAGCUAAGCAAAAUGGGCAUUGCUGUCUUCCCCAAGGUCCUUCUGCAGCUGGCUGAUGUGGAGGAAAUUGAUUUGAGCAGAAACAUGAUAAGAAAGAUUCCAAACAUCAUUGAGAAGUUCCAGAAUCUGAUAUGGCUGGACCUGCAUAGUAACCAGAUUGAUGAGCUGCCCCCAGAGAUAGGCACACUUCGCAACCUUACUUUCCUGAAUUUAUGCAACAACAAGCUGACCACAAAAGGUCUGCCAGAAGAGCUGACCCAUCUCAAGAACCUGCGUACUCUCAACCUUGGCUUAAACUGUCUUGAGAGUAUUCCCACCACUCUUGGGGCCCUGAAGGAACUUAUUGAGCUAGGUCUUUUUGACAACUCCUUGACCAUCAUCCCGAAAAGUGUGAAAAAGCUCCCCAAGAUGGAGAGAAUGAAUGUAAAAAGGAACCCUUUACCAGAAUUUGCAGAGGAAGAGGAGCCAAUUGACACAAUUAAACGUUUAGAAUCACUUUACUUAGUAGAAAAGAAAGACCUGUGUGAGUCCUGCCUGCUGACCUGCCAGGGUGAGAGGGACGAGCUGCACAAGUUAGAGAACAUGACACCCGUCCCCCCAGAGAAGCCAAAUUUCACUUCACUCACCACACCCAAUUCUACUGCAAUAGAUAACCAAGAAGAAUGGAGAAUAAAAGAAGACAAUCCUUCAAAUACACCAGAAGAAGACAAUCCUUCAAAUUCACCAAGGAACUCUACAGACCUUGAAGCUCCAUGAAGUCCAGCCCAAGCAAAUAAAAAGCUGACUUCCCUCCUCCUCUGUUUUCCUGCAGUUCUGCUCUUUAAAGAUCAGCUUGGUUUUAGAACACAACAUAGAUAUCUGUGGUCUCUAGAAUGAAGGCCAUAACAACUAAACCAGAUGUGUAUUUGGAAAAGGCUAUUUAUAUCUGGGUCUGUCCCUACAACUUGUUCUCCAUGUUUGGGCUUUUUGGGGUCUUUUGUGUGUGCAGUGUCCAAUGAAGGGAUCUUUUAACCAAUAGUCCUUUCUAGUAAAUCCAUUCCCACCAUUAAGCCCCAAAUAUUAUUCCCGCUCAUUUUCAUAGAGUGAAACACAGUUGAACUAUGUUUCAUUUGGAGGAAAAGACCUGGGAACUUUCUGCUGCUGGUGGCUGCCACCAAGCUCUCAGAGUCUCACGUAGGCACUGUCAGUGUAGGAACUGCGAGCCUGCUCCAAUUCAGCA